CGCGAUUACAAUGUUCAUUCGAUUGUGUCCAACUGUAAAGAGGACACCGAAGCUUUACAUUUAUUAAUUCGUGACUGUUCCUACUGAGACAAAAACAAAUGAUACACAACCGCUGCUUAUUCGUUCAACACGUCAAACCAAACCAGUUUUCAAUUGUGUAAGUCGGGGACAAUUCAUUCGAUGACAUUAGACUGCGUUUACGGGCGGCCAAAGGGUCCACUGCCCGAUGACAUUGCAUCCACCAGACGCCUGUUGGGCAUGACCGAAGAGUCGAUACGCCGGGAUGUCUGCGAGCUCACUCAGUGGCUUCGCGACCAACCUAACCUGCCGAACACGUUGGAUGGAGUGGAAUUGGAUUGGUGGAUGGAGAACUACCUGGUUAUGAAUAAGAAUGAAGUGGAAAGAGUCAAAGACAACUUGCCAGUAUACUUUCAACUAAAAACCAUCUUGCCGGAAAUAAUGAGCAACCGAGAUCCAAAAACGAAUAAGGAGAUGAUAAAAGGAUAUGACACGACACUCGUGGGUUUGGUACCUACGGUAAUGGACGGUGGCCGAAAACUAGCAGUGUAUAUGCAUCGCCAAGAUACGCCGACAUCAGAUUACAGCCCAGCCGGUAUAGCCAUGCACUUGACAUGUUUGGCCGACCUUUAUCUCGCCCAAGGAAUAGAUCAUACAAAACUCGUGCUCGUUAUCGACAUGAGGACGGUGCGGUUAGGUCAUUUGGCCAGAUAUCCAUUAGGGCUGUUACGCCGUUUUUUCUUAUACGCCUGGAAAGCUUAUCCAGAGCGCGUGGCUCAGAUCCACAUAAUAAAUCCACCAGCCAUAUUGAGUGCGAUAAUGGCGAUGUUUAAACCUCUCCUUAAGGCGAAAAUUCGAAAGAGAAUGAUUGUACAUCGUCAUUUUGAAACUUUCUUGGAGCACGUGCCAUUAAAAUAUAUGCCUAAGGACUAUGGAGGCGAAUCACCGUCAUUGAUUGAGCUUCAUGAGGCUUGGCGUCAAAAAAUUAUCGACCAUCAACCAUAUUUCAAAAAGUGUUCGGCUAAACAUAGAGUGGUGGACAAAAAAAGCAAAUGUGUUGAAUCUUCUGAAAAUAAUAUUAUGUCGUCGAAAAACUGAUUAGCAAUUAAUAUUAUUACGAUUUAUGAAUGUACAUUAUAGGUAUACUUUUAUGAAAAUAACCGUGUAUCAACAUUAGUUUAGUUUUAAAAUUAAUUAAAAUAUCAAUAAUUAUGAAUUGAAUCCAUGUUUAUAAACCAUGUGUAUAUUGUUUUGAUUUUUCAAAUUAAAAGGUCCACAGGAAAAUAAACACAUUU